GGUAUCUUUCCACGCAGCAGUCAGGAACGACUGUUGGACACAUAGCUUUGCCUUUGACGCGAAGCUGCUAGUGGCGAGAGGAUAGACAAGAAGAGGUUGUCGAAGGAGCGCCGACGGACGAAUGUCAACUCGCCGUGCGCAGUCGAAAGAAGAGUACGACAGAAGCAGCCGGGAUGUCUCCUCCAGCCCACAUUCUGGACCGGUGCUGGGGUGUUCCCGUGGUGGCGACCUUCUCGGCAUUUCUCGUCUUCCUGGCGCCGUCCUGCGCAGGCCUGCUGUACGUCCUCUUCAUGGACGAGUUCGGCAUCAGCCACGAAAGGGCCGCCUGGCCCCAGUCCACCUACACGGUGAUGUCGAACAGCAUAGGCCUGGUUCAAAGCGUGCUACAACAGAGGGUACCACUCUAUUACCUAACCCUGGUCGGAGUCGCCCUCACCUGCACAGGCUUGGUUGCUUCCGCCUUUGCGCCGGACAUCACAUGGAUGACAGCGCUAUACGGUGGCGUGUACGGAGCCGGUGCCGGAUUCUCCAUGAUCAGCCUAUCGCUCUACCUUCUACUCUACUUCGACAAGUACCGCGCCACGGCCACCGCCUUUAAGUACGCCGGCUGGGCAGCGUCGGGCAUAAUAGGUCCCACAUUGCUCGGCUACUUUGCCGAAAUCUACGGACCCCAGGGAGCUCUCCUUCUCGUCGGAGCGAUGGCCCUACACGCGGUGCCGUUGGUGAUGCUGCUGGGAGAUCCACAACCCUUGACCAUACCGGUGUGGUGCGCUAGAUCACCACCGAAGGACCCCACAACACCACUUGGUCAGAAUGGCGUGCGAUGCUUAGCCGGAGGCGCCGAAAUGACUCCCAAACGGCCGCUUCUUAUGGGACGACUAACAAGACGAUACAACACAAAUGAAGAAGCCAGUAAAGAUCCAGUGCCAAAAGAAAAACCCAUGGAGAAGGAGACCACGAAACACACCAGUGUGAAAAUUCUGUUGACCGAUGUUGCGAAGUUAGAGGUGACUAAUCCGUGCAGUGCUAACAGUACGCUGCCUAUGAACUGUCACACAAAGCCUGUCAGCGCGAAGCAGAUGAGGGUGAAUUCGCCAAGUCUCCUGGGACACUACGCGGCACUGCUGCGGAACCCCUUGUUUUACGUGCUUCUGAUCGCCUUCAUGACGAUCGACUACAUGAUGACGAUGGUCGACACCACCAUAGUGGAGUACGGUAUCGACAAAGGAGUGGCGACCCUGAAGGAUGCCAAGCAGCUGCAGACGUACACGGCCACCGGUCAGCUGAUCGGCCGCAUCGUGGUGCCUUUCGUGUCGGACAAGAUCGCCAACAGCCGCUGUCCCUUCACGGCCGCGAGCCUCGCUGUGGCAGCCGCCUGCCUGCUCCUCAUAUCCCGCGUGAACCAUUUCGGCACGCUCGCCGGCCUGACCGCGCUUGUCGGCGUGUGCGAAGGGUACCUGCUGUGCAUCAAGGGCGUGCUGAUCGGCGACUACUUGGGCGUCGAGACUCUCGCUGCUGUCUGUGGACUGCUUGGAGUGGCCAGUGUUCCUGCCCUAUUAAGUGCACCGUCCAUUAUAGGCUUUUUCAGAGAUAAACUGGGCUCGUACGACAAAUUUUAUUGGAUGCUGGCCGCUGUAAGCCUCAUGUCUGCCUGCCUUAUGGGCUGCAUAGCGGGGAUGGACAAAGUGCAUCGAAAGACUUGGCUCAUCGAGAAUCCCAACAAGAAACCGGUUGGACAGAUAGUGGGGACAGCGUACGGUACAGAUGUAGCUUCUUCAAAGGACCGUUCGUCGUCAUGACGUCUGACAACGUCAUCGACUCUGUGUUUCAAGGAGCUGCUGUUAGCCUCAUGUCUGCCUGCCUUGUGGGCUACACAGCGGCGAUGGACAAACUUCAUCGCAAAGCGUGGGACAUCGACACGCCUAGAAAGAAACUGGCAGUACAGGCAGUGGUGUCAGUUUAUGACACUGAUGUGCGUUCUUCAAGUGAUCCUUCGCCCUCCUGACGCCUGUCAACGUGAUUGAGUCUGUUAGCAGCUUUGACAGCUUAGCCGCGACACCGAAUGCACUUCGGAAAUUGUGGCAAAGUGAACGCUACGGAUGCUCGGAACGCGUUACACGUCAUCGUGAUACACUUGCGUGAUAUUCAGCGGCUUUGGUGUGUGGGGUUUACCGAGCACUAUAAAACCGUCUCUAUCGCGAAAUGUGACGAAGUUGAUGGGC